AUGGAGUUAAAUAAUGAUUUAGUUGGGUUUAGGUUCGAGUAUGAUUCUAACCUAAGUAUAGAUUUACUUUAAGCUUAAAAUAAUAAAACAUAUUUAGUCUAUGUUGCCUAAUUUUUUUAGGCUAAUCAAUAAAAUUAGGUAACUUUUAAUCUUGAUGUAAUUGAUUGCUCAAAUCCUAGCCUUAUAGGCUUCAAAUGCUUGGAUUUUUCAAAGAUUUCUAACUAUACCUUUUCUCUUGACACUUAAAAUAAUUUAUAAACUUAAAUCAACAUUUUCACUUAUGGUUGCUUAGAUUUAGAUUAAUUUAAAACGUUUAUUCCUGAUAAUUGUGCUAGCCAAGCAGAAAUUGAUAAUGUAAUCAAUGGAAUAAAUGGUGUUUUGAGAUUAAAGCAUUUUAUUUCUCAGUUUAAUAUAACUUCAUAACAGACUCAAGUAAAUUAUAGAAAUGCAUAUGUCUAUACAAUGGCUAAUCAGUCAAUUUUAUCUAGAAUCAAGACAUAAAAGCAAGUUACCUCUGUUAAAAGAGGAUUAAUUAUAUAAUCUCAAACAAGCUUUUCUUCUCCAAUAGAGUAUGACCAACAAGAUUAUAACUCAGAUAGAAAUUAUGCCUUACAAAAUGUAGGAUAUUCUGCCUAUAGCAAUGUUAUGUUAUACCCAGAUGAGCUAGUUUAGUAAAUAUAAAUUGAAUUUACAACUCUUCCUCAAGUUUUUGCUUAAGUCAAUAGCAUUUUUACUCUAUUAAUGCUUAUUGGGGUUAUUGGUAGAGCUAUUUCUAAGUCUUCAAUAAAGAGAGAUUUUUUCAUGAUUUUCUUAAAAAAUUUAUACUAAACAAAUUACUUGUUGAUGCAAGGUAUUAAAAAGACACAACAAAAAAGCUAAUUCGAAAAAUAAUUUUAAGGACAAAAAUAAUCAACACUGACCCUGGAAUAAUAGCAACAAUUGUAAAAAGAAGAAUAUGUAGAAGUAAAUUAAGAUUUAGCAGGAUCAGAAUCGAGUAGAUAAGAGGAAUAAGGUACAAAAGUUCAAGAUGAAAAAAGUUGUUCUAAAUCAAUUCCAUUAUUUUAUUAUAGACCCUCAAUACUAACUAAUAAGCAAUAUCAAAAUAUUAGCUUAGAAAAUCAAGAAAUCGAAUAAAAAUCAUUAAAUAAUAGCCCAAAUAAAUUUAGAAAUGAACUUGUUUAAUAAAAUAAAAUAGGAAAAACAUUAAUUGAAGAGGAUUCUCCAUAUAUAAAAAAUGAUUCUUUAAUUUAAUAUUCAAAUUUGUGCAAUAAAUAAACUUAAAAUAUUAUUUCUGAAUCUAUUUUUAUUAACCAGAGUUAAAAUAGUAAAUUAAAAACUGCUUAAAAAGAUGAAUAGACUCAAUUCUCUUUUGUUAAAAACCAGCAAGAAACUAAGAAUUGUUAGGAAAAUUAGUAAUAAUAAAAAUAAUAAUAAUAUGAUAUUCAACUAAAUUAAUAAUAAAAUUUAUCAAGUCAAAGUAGUAAAAGAAAAGAGGAAAUAAAUGAAUGCGUAAAAAAGUUGAAAGCAAUUUAAGACAAGAAAACUUCAGCUAAAAUUAAGAAAGAAAUAUUUAAAUUUAUACUAUGCAAGAAAAGAUAAAAAUCAGAAGAUAUUUAUUCUCUAACUCGAAAAUAAAAAAUAAGAAUAGAUAAUUAGAUCAAUUAGGAUCUAAAUAUCUUAAAUUUUAUUAAAGAUAUGAUCUUUAUAAAGAAAGCUGUUUUUUUGCUUUUAAGGAAAGAUUAGUUAGCAGCCCUUAAUCUUAUAGGAUUUUCUCCAAGCUCUUUAGAAUCAGAUUUAAGAAAUAUAGAUUUUAAUUUAAACAAAAAGAAACUAAGCUAUUAUGAGAUGCAAUAGGCUAUUUUAUAAUCUGAGAAAUUGCAGGAGCGUUAGUUAGAAAAAUUUUUAAAGAGAUGCCAAAACAAUCAAAAUGCUAAUGAGGUAGACAACAGGAUCUUAUAAUCUUUAUAAUAAAACUAAAUUCUUUGA